ACAUCAGAACAGAGACCAAUAGCAGAAAGAGUAUUCUUCAUUCAGAAAAUGGGGCUAGUCGUAUUCAAAUGGGGAUACAACAAACUGACGCUGCUGCAGAACAGAGAGCAACGUGAUACAUGGGAAAUAGAACCGGCUGCUUGGGAUGACGAUAACCAGAUAUUGAGAGGUGUGCCUGAAGACAACUUUGGGACAUGGUGUGGAAUUUCGAAACGAGGCCGAGUUGCAUUUGUUGUGAAUUCAUCUUGCAGUCUUAGCCCUUCCAUGCAUCGUCCUAUUGAUUUCUUGCGGGGAGAGAUGAGUCCAAUGGAAUUUGCAAGGGCUUGGUCUUCAGAUAACGAUCACCGUCUCGACAGGAUAAGCAGUGGUCUGAACUGUUUCAUGAUUGUUGCAGAUAUAAAUGCAAACUCAAUGGUUUAUGCCUCCAAAACAUCUCCAAGGGUGUUAGAGGUUGCUUUUGGUGUCCAUACCCUUGCUUCUGUCACCGGACUCGAUUCCGAUGGUGAUUAUUACCUGGUGAAGCGUCAGAAAGAACUUUUCUCUGAGAUGAUUAGUAAAUAUAAGAAGAGAAAAGUUCCACCAUUGAAGGAUAUGGCUGAGAAUUUUAUGUAUAAAGGAGACAGAAGCGCGCCUCACAACUCAUCUAAUGAAACAUUGAGUACAAUAGCAUUGGCCGUGAAACCCAACGAGGAUGUGAACUUUUAUCAGAGGUACUUGAAGAAUGGCACAUGGAAAGACCACAGCUUCACUUUCAAAAUCACUGCCUAGUUACAAAUCAACAUCGUGCAGCAUCCAUCCAUAUCCGAAUAUCUUAUAGUUAACUAAAAUAAUACUGUUGAUGCUGUACUUAAUUAAACCUUGUCGUCGAUUCAGGGAAACCUAUUUCCUUGGCCGCACUUUAUCUACUCUAAGAACAAUAUUAUAU